GGCGGGGCAUCCGGAGCUCGCCGGAGACCCCCGGAAGUCAGCCGCUCGUGGCGCGAGCCUGACGCAAGCCGGGCGCUCUGGCGGGGGGCGACGAGGCCCCUCUCUAUGGUCGCCGGGACGAUGCUGUGGCGGCUGCUGUGGAGCCUCGGCCGGGGAGGUGCGUCCCGUCUCGGGGCGGAGGGAGGGCGCGGCGGGGGCCUCUCGCCCCUCUCCUCAUCUCUGUCUCUUUCUCUCCCGUGCGCAGUGAGGCUCCCCGGAGGAGGAGGAGGAGGCGGCGGCACCGUCGCCCUCUGCCGCCACCGGCCUGUGGGCCCGGCCCGGCCCUGUGACGGAGACCCCUCGCCGACCGAGGACAGGUGAGGCGCCGAGACCCCGCCGCACCUGCAGCCGCGCUCUCCGUAGGGGGGGGGGGGCUGUCAUUGCCAUUAUCACUUUUAUUUAUUGGGGCUUGUGAGCCGCUUUGUCUUGCCCGCAAGCAGAGGCAGGAAAAAUAAAGCGCCAAGCAGGGCUGACGGGAAGAAUCCCACCUGCUUCUGAAAAGGGCGAAGGGCUGCCCAGGGAAACGAUGGCGCCAGGUGAGCCUCCCUGGGUUACCUGCACAGGUGUAAACGACAACCCCCUCCCCCAGGCCUUGAAAAGUUGCUCGAUCAGCUUCGUCCCUUACGUUAAUUCAACGAGAAGAACUUGUAGUUGGAUUUCAAUUAAACAUGCAAUUAAUUGGUCGCUCUUUUGAAUUUUAUUGGGUUAUCGUCUUUCUUAGCGGGCCAUGCAAACCACAGGGGCUCCCAAAAAGUUUGGGAAACAGCCAAUAAACCUUUGGCUGUUACACAGAGAAUUCGGAUAGAAAGCAGCAUCAGAAACACAGCAGGCAUGGCUGUGUGGAAAGAAGUAAAGUGCUGUCGUUUCCUUUUAAUCAGACUUUGCUCCUGUGUGGGUGGAUUUUGAAAAGGCAGUGAAAGCAGAAAAAUAACGAGAUCUAUCCUUGCUUGCAAUCUGAAACGUGUGUUGGGUUGGAUCGCUUGUGGGAAUCUGAAACAAUCACUGACAGAAAGAGAACCACUUUCCUGUAUAGUCAGGUACUAUAUCAGUGGGGCAAAAGGAGAAAUAAACAACAGCGACAAUUUUCUUGUUUAUUUCCCCAACAAUAUAUAUAUAGCAAUAUUAAAACAAAAACCUUCUGAAAUUGGACUACAUAACUGGCAAUCAUUUAUUACUGUACAGUAACCAUUCGUGGCUGAAAUAAAGUUAUAAGGCAUGAAUUUUGUGCUUUAUAACUUUAGACUACAUUUGGAUUGGUAAGAACAAUUGUUACUAUUCUAAGUGCAAAAGAAAUGAUGGAAAUCCAUACAGUGGUAUCUUGGUUUGCAUAUGUCUUGGUUUGCAUAUGUCUUGGUUUGCAUACGUUUUGGAUUACAAACACGUCAAACCCAGAAGUGCAUGUCCCGGUUCGGAAUCUUUUUUUGGAUUACAACCCUUUUUUUUAUUAUUACGAACAAAUUUUUUUUGGAGGUCCCAUUGUUGAAAGCGCUCCUUGAGUUAAAACCUGUUUUGGUUUACAAACAGACCUCCGGAACGGAUUAUGGUUGUAAACCAAGGUACCACUGUAUUUUUGCAAAUUUUCUUUUUAAAUGGCAUCACAGCUGUGGCCUUAAUAAAAACAAAUUGGCUAGAAAUGAUGGCAUAGAAUUGUGAUUUGCUAUAGUGAGGAUAAUAAUAAGAAAUGUAUAAUUUUAGUUCAUUCGUUCGUUGGUUCAUUCGUUGAAGGAGACCUAGCUGACCAAGAUUGACCCACAGGCCAGAAGUUUCUCACCCCUGGCCUAAACUGACACCUCACAGCAAGCCCAGAAUCUGGGCAAAACCAGGCCAUAAGGCAGAAAUGGGACUCUCCCCACACCACACCCCCUGGCUAGAAUGUGUCCUUGGAUUUUGAUCAUGCUUCUUGGAUGGAGGAUAGAGAGGGAUGUCUGAGUGUAUGUAAAUACAAGUCUACUAUACAACCUUAAAGUUAAAGUUUGUUGCUCUAAUUUUGCACUGGUAUCCCCCCCGCCCCCGAAUGCUAGCUUAAAAAGAAUUCAUUUCUCAGUCUGAAAACAGGUUCUCCAUCCCAGCCCUAACCUUGGCUCUUUUCAGCAUUAGUUCUGUCCUGGGAUAUUCAAGAUGGGUGGCAGCUCAAGCAUUUGUCCAGAAGAAGAGUUCUUGUUUGCCUGAGGCUACAUUCUUUAAAGCAGAUUUCCAGUGUGCUUAAAGGGAAAUAUGUGCAAUUUAUAUUCUCAGCAUGUGAUUGUAAUGAUCAAAGCCAUUUUUUCUCUGGAACAAGACUUUCAAGCUCAUGCUCAUUUUUCAGAGCUCAUUGGCUUUGGUUGCAAAACUGUACAAAUAAAGGGCUUUAGAAACUGCAAAGUUUAUUCACCCUGGGGUUGUUUUUGUGGGGUGCGGAGCGGGGAAACCUUAGCUAUUUCAGAGGGAGGACUUUUCACAUGAGGGCUCUUCAAUAGAGUGUUUGCUACCUUCACCUUAGUGUAGUCAAAUUUUGGCAACUGUAAAGUGAUCAGGAAAUAUUGCUCACUGCAGACACAUAGAUUAUCAAUAUAGCUUUGGCAAGGAUUGUGUUAUUUUAAUAUCUUUGGGAGUCUUAUGGAAAUAAAGCUUUGAGCUUCUUGUCGCCUGUGCUUUUAUGACUUCUGGUCUGCCCAGCUCCACAUUACAGCUGUUUCAAAGAUGAAUUUUGGGCAUAGUUAUGGUUAAGGGUGGGUUGGGAGAGCUAAUGUGCCUUGGAAGAGGGCCACGUCUCCUCUUUCUCUUACUUCAAGCCUCCACCUUGUUGUGUUGUAUCCGUUUUAAGCUCAUAGAAUUGUGCCUGCAAGCAUGAUAUUCUGCCCCAACAAGACAUGGGUCCAAUUAGGAAACUCUCAAAUAGGAAACAUACCUUUUCCUCAAUUUUUGUUCAAUCCAAUUUCACAUGCCUUUUGUAAUAAUAUUAAACACAUACACACGAUGCUCUAUUGACAUUUGGAAAAAAUGGCAGAAAAAAUACUGUUCGUAUAUUCACCACUAAUGCCAAUGAAGUACUAUUCUAAAGCUAAUGACCUCUCUAUUAAGAAUACAUUAUUUUGACAACCAAAGGGUUAUUGUUUGAAAUAUUUUUACCAAAAUCCAUGCCCAAUCUCAAGAAAGCAAUUAACCUUGGCAUUAAGGAACCUUACCUGUAAGAUGGCUUCACGUUUAUCAACUUUUAGAUCUAUUGCAAGACCCUGUAGUCCACUCUCAUGCCAUUCAUCUGUUCUCCUAAUGGAAAGGUAUUUGUGGUAGCAAUGUUUAAGAGCUUACUGAAUUUGUAUUAUGAGAUUUUAAACAAGUUUAAAAUCUAAUUGGGAGAUGAACCUGAGGGUAACCAAAGAUGAAGCUACCUGGUCAGGAAUGUGGGGGGAAGGCCCCUUUAAAUCUAACACUGUUCUUACAAGGGAACAGGCAUUAAAAAUCGCUCAUAAAUGGUAUUUUACACUGGUCAAUUUUUCCGGUAUCUCUUUGGAGUCCUACCAUUUGUGCUGGAGAGAAUACAGUCAACGGCGCACAUAUGUGGUGGGAAUGUCCAAAACAACAAAUAUAGUUUGAGAUAUAAGUAGACAUUUUAAAAAUUAUUAAAGACCAUAUUCAGUUUUCUCCAAAACUUGCUUUACUCUGGCUAUUUGAAGGAAUAAAUGGGGAUAUUAAAUCCAAAGAACUGCAUGCCUUCCUGAUUUCUUGCAGCCAGACUGUCUAACUCAAUGCUGGAAGACACUUUUGAUUUCAAUAUUACAAACUAGUGGAAUAAGAUUUGGAACUUUGCUCUUCAGGAAAAUAAUAAUAAUUUAAUAACAAUAGUUUUAUUAUUUAUACCUGCCCAUCUGGCUGGGUUUUCCCAGCCACUCUAGGUGGCUUCCAUCACAUAUAAGAACAAAAGAUGUCAAACAUUUCAAAAAAGCUGAGACGACAUUUCAGAUUCCUAAAGGGAAAGGUAGAACCAGGCUCCUUCAUGACAGUCUGGUGGGGAAUUUUUAGACUUUGUUAAAACCCAUCAAAUACAUCCACCUGUUCCUUCGGCAGUUACGGACCUCUGGGUCAAGUAACUUGCUCCAUACUCAUCUUGGCUGGAAGAAACGCAACCAUAAUCCUUCUCAACAUAAUCCUUUGACCCUCAACUUCUUAGUUGUCAGCUUAACCGUACUGAUCCUUUAUAUAAUAGUAUAGCAAUAUUAUGAACAAUUGUUAUUGCUCUAUGCCUCAUGUUUGUUUUUCUGUUAAUGUAUAUGCAGAAUAUUAGUUUUGAAACUUAAUAAAUAAAAAACAGCUAUGCCUGCCAGCUUUCCUUGGAAAACAGUGCCCACUGUCACCGCACAAUUCUUUUGUAGCCAGAGGAGCUGGUCAUGUCAUUCCAGUUCUUUUUCCAUUGCUACCUCUACACAUAAACUCAGCAAGGAGCUGUGGCCAGUCCUUGCUCUGAUGACUGUACCUGUAUUAUAUAUCUGUUUUCAAGCAGCUCCCCAUUAAUGCUUUAUAUUUUUAGGUGUGCGUUUUCUUUUCUUUUUUAAAGUGAUGAUUUGUGAAAGUGGUUUGUGCAGGAUUUUGCCCUAGAAUCUGACCCUAUUAGAAUAUUGCUUUGAUGUGGACGCUGGUGCAUGUUUUCAGAUUAGCACCCCAUGCUCCAAGCAUAGCCUAAAUCCCCCUGAAUCCCUGAGGCACUUGGAACAGCCAUUACUGAUACAGAUUUAAUAACACUGCAGUUCAUUACAUGGUCACAGGUUAUUAAACAGAGAAGACUGAGGAAUUAGAUUUCAAGACUUUAAUAAUGCUCCAAAUGAUAGAUGUAAACCAUAAAAUAAGCUGCAAUACAAUACUCCCUCAUCUUACAUGGGACUCAGAUCCAAGGGUUUCACGCAGCACUAUUUUUCUAGAAAAAGAGGUGCUGGAACUCACCAUGAAUGCCUCCCUUGUUCUCCUAUAAUGGCAGUGCUGCCCACCAGAGAGGUGCCGGAAAUGAGUUCUGGUGAGUUCUGGCUGAAAAAAAGCCCUGGUUACAUCAAGCCCUUGGAUCCGCCCCAUGGCUAGCAAGUAACGAGGUGGGGAGAGAGCAUCCCCAGCACUCCCAGAUCUGGCACGCUGAGUGGGCCUUGCUCAGCAAGCAAAGCAUAGAGCUUUAAAACUUUUUUCACACUGGGUUGCCAAAGCAGACCUGGUGCGAAAAUAGCUUUUAAGCUCUCCGCCUUGCUUGGGGAGCAAGGACUGCUUGGUGUGCUGCCAUGAGAUCCCCCCCAAAAGUCAGAUUGUCCCAUGAGAUCUUGUGAGAGUAUUCCAAAGUUGGUGCGCCAAGUGGACCCAGUUCAGAGAGAUCUUUUAAGCUACCUGCCUUCCUUUGAACUUUACCUGUCUGCCUUCAACAUCGUAUUGUUGAGAUAGCAUGAGUCAAAUGCAUGUAAGGUGAAGGAUUACUGUUCUUGGAUUUCUCAGUUAAACAGAACUUCCCCCUUAUCCCUUUGGGGUUUUGAAUGGAACAUUGCACAUGCAGGGACAGUUUUCCAGGCCUGCACUUGAGUCCAUGCCUUCCUGUCUCACCUGCGGGAUACUGUCCUAGGUGUGGGGUUACUGUCUGUGGGAGACACUGCUCCCAGCUGUUGGUAGAGCAGAGUGUUAAAGCAAUACAUUUUGGCCAAGACACAGUAUUCACAUAUAGCACAGUGUUGAAAAGUAAGUGGUGUGUGUGCACGCACAAGUGCAUGCCUCUGUGUGUUUGUGUAUAUAUAGGCAACUCCGAUUCACAGGUGUUCAAGGCAUGUGCAACUGCACACAGGGGCAGCUGCAGAAACAAUACCUUGUGGCAUGGUUGCUGCCUUUCUUUGUUUACCUCUGUGGGGUACUUUCUUCCAGUUGUGGAGGUGGAGUGGGAGUUGCUGUUGAAUUUUUGUGUCUAGAGUUCCAAGGCAAGGUACAAGUCUGGGUUCUAGUUAAAGGAGUGUUAGCUAUGUGCUCUGACAGGCUGCUUUGAGCAGAGUGCCCUUUCUCCCUACAUACCAUCACCCUUGUGUCUUCUAAGUGUGCACACCCUGAGGCAAGACAGUAAUAGCUCCAGCAUUUGAGUUAUCUCCCUCUGUGGGGUUCAUAGGCUGUUGGUGGUAUGUUGUAACUGGGUGCUGGUUUGCAUCAUAUUUUACUGCAUCAUGAGGGUGGCUUGAGGUGUAGGGGUAGGCAGAGGUUUUUUUGUUUUGUUUUUCUCUCUACUGAGUUUUUUAAAAAAUAAACUAUUUAUUUAAAGUGUAUCUCAUCUUCUGCUGCCAUGGCAGGGGGGCGGGAAGGGGUUUCUGCCAUAUCCAGCAGAUCAUGAGUACAGAAUUGCAAUCUAAAAUCCAAAAGAUUUUUCAUCAUCCUCUAGAAAUCUGCAUUUUGCUCCAGCUUGAAUUAUAUCCGUGCUGGAGAGGCAGAACACAGCCAGCAUCAGGCUUACACAAGUUCACAGAUGGAACCAUGUCCUCGACUCAAACGUCACUAUACAUUGGACACUUGCCCAGAGCUUCCAGUGCUAUAGUUCUGGAUCCACCUAACACUAAAUCGAAGCAAACAUAGGGUGAAUAGUUAGUUCAUAGGGGAAAAAGAAAAUUGUUCAGUUAACUUUUCUACCUCUGCUUACAUACAGGAGAAACCCAGAUGAAUAUUAAUAUGAAAACUGAGUGGCGGGUAACCCCGUCCACAAGAAAAGGUGGUGUCUGAGUGUAGAUUGUGGAGUAAGUCACACAUAGCCUUUUCUCCAAAGCUUUGGUGCAGGCUGAAUUAAAUGCAAGCUUAUUUUCUGGUUUCCAUAUCCGUUUUCUUUUCUUGUCCUUCUUUCUGAAGCCGGCAUGGUAGGCACCAGCAGCACAGAAGUUGUGGAUGUGGGAACCUCUUGCAUCACUGCACAUCCUUCACCUUGGUAAGUAGGCCUGGGAUGAUUGCAUGGUAGAAGAGAGUGGUCGCUUUGUGGGGCAGAAGCCAGGGUGUCUUUAUAAUAGGAACAGAGUUGUAUAUAGCCUUUAGCAAAGCUGUUCUGAUAGUCCCUAAUCCUUGCUCUCCUUUGUUAGAGUGCAUUGGCUGUUCUUGCUGUGGAGUUGGUGAAGCAUGUUCGAAGGUUGAGCUCUGUGCAACCAGGUGGAGGAGAUGUUGGGUUUUACCAAUUGGAGGGUCAUCUUGCUGUUUUGCCCCAAAGUCAACAUUCAGGUAAGCUUGCUAGGGAAUAGCACAGUUGAGUCUAGAGCAUCAUGUGCUGGGAAGAAUACACUGCGCGCGCGCGCGCGCACACACACACACACACACACACACACUCUUCAGCUAUAUGUAAUGCACUUGAAACUCCAGCAGCAAAAUUGUAUCAGAAUUGUAAAGACUCCUAGAUGUUUGAAGAUCUCUCUUUGUAAAAUAGGGAUUGAGACAGCAUCCUAUGUACUUUUAAUAUGUUUCCUCUCCUUCAGUCCCUCCCACAGCCCCUUCUGCUUGCUCCAGUGAGAAAGAGGAACAACAUUUCUUCGUAGGAGACGACUCCGGCUAUGCACCAAAGAAUCCAUCUAGCAAAACUUCACAGCCAAAACAAUAUCAACAUGUUUCAGAAACAGGUACAGAUCUUGAUUUUAGAAUGCAAAGACACGUCAGAAGGCAUGGGGUAGUGGCCAGCUGCAAACGAGGACAGGCAAAUCAGCAAGUCUUGCAAGCAGCCUGUUCUAAGGCAGAAGCCUGGAGAGAAUUUGGCUUGGGACAUGGUUGCCUGAGAUGUCUCUGGUUAAACAGGAGAUUCACUUGUGGGCUUUCCAAUCAGUAGCUGCUUUAUGGAACUUUCCAGUCAAGUACCUUGUGUUUCAAAAGCAUUUGAUUUAUUUGGGUUGUUAAAUAAUGGGGAAGACAGGUUAGAAUGAAUAUAUCACCCUUAUUUUCAUACUUUUAAUGAAAGGAGAAAGUGGGACUUAGAAAUGUCUAUAAAAAGAGGAAGUUUAAAGUCUUGUUGAAACAAACUGAUGAGCAACAUAGUCAUCAAUAAAUUAUUAGUAACCCAAAUAGCUGCAAUUUAAGAAGAAAAAUUGUUUACAUUAUGGUAAUUACCUUCUGGCCAUAGAUGAAAGGGAAUGUUAAAAUAUAUUUGGGGUUCUUGUAAUCAACAGGUAUUUGGGUCAUUACAGAAUCUCUACAAUUCAGUAGAGAGAGUGGGUAUAGCUGUACAGUAGCCUUGUGGCUAAUGUGAGAGAAAUCCUGUUUCUAUGAACCAGUGAAGUUUCCUUACUAAUUACUGUUUAGCCCAGUACUGUCUUCUCCAGGUGGCAACUGUUUUCCAAGGUUUCUGCAAUAGCAUUUCCCAGCCCUCCUCUUAAGAUCCAGAGGUUGAACCUGGGACUGCUAUAUGCAAAGCACAUGUUCUUACACUAAGGUAAUGUGGAGGCGCAGGAGCGUGCCCAUCUAAUCACACAACUGCUAAUAAGGAACCCCCUUAUUAACCACAGGUUUCAUCCCAGUCUGGUGAGUUUUUGUGGAGACAGGCAGCAGUAUAGGCCUAGGUAUAGUGCUGUACCUGACUGGGCUCUCCUGCUUCUGUCCAGAUGUGUCACAGAUUCUUGGUCCUUAUUCCACUUUCGUGAUCUGUGCCACAGGUUGCUACCCAUGUUGUGCAAAGAAUGGUUCUGGCCAAAUUAUUUGACUGAGCUCUGAAAGAUGAGCAGGAUGACUGUUGAGUCAGAAUAGACCCAUUUAAAUUCAUGGAUAAGGUUGAGUUAAACCUGUUAAUUUCAGUGGGUUUAUUCAGAGUGAAAGUUAGUUGAAGGAACGUAGAAGAGAGCUGUCCGCUGUAAGGCAUAUCACAAAAUAUUGCUGAUUUAACAGAAGAGUAGGAGAGGAAGCUGCAACUUCCAGAUCUGUGCAACCAGAACUAUGGCAGGGAAGGCAACUCGGUGUUGAGGCCUAGACGGUCAUUGCCUUAUCUUUUUUUGUUUUUUUUGCAGGGGACAUCCUCUUCCUAUCCAGCACUGGUUCUGAACCAGACUCGUGCCUAUUACGCUUGCAGGUAAUUCCUCUUUACUUUUUGUGGAACUUAGCUUUUAGCAUGAAUUUAGCUCAGAAUUUCUGAAGUAUGAGAUAAUGAGCUAGGGAAGGGUCUUUAAUUUUUCGAAAGCAUGAACACACUCUCUGCAUAACCUUGAUACCACUUGCCUUAUUAGUAUCAUGUGGAUUUCAUGUACAUUUUGGUAUACUUCAGGGACAUCCGUGAUAGCUUUGAGACCAACUAAAUUCAGGGUAGAAGCAAAGGCACAUAUUUUAAUGUUUGCUUUCGAACUCCUACCUUGACAUGAUUGUACAAUGAGAGUAAGAAAUGAAUAUGGCUACGUAGAUUGAGCUAUAAGGCAACACAGUCUUGGGCCAUGAUCACUAGCACCACCCCAGGUGAAGAAUCUUGGCUUGUUUACUGAAGCGGUAUCGUCCAUGUUUCCUUCUGUUACCCAGAAUUUGCAGGUGUACGUUGUCUCUUGAAAUCUGCCAAACAUUGAGGUUCUAGCAAGACAGCUCACUUAAUGCAUACUGUAUACAUUGACAUAAAAAGUGUUUAAAGAUUUUGGCUUGACUCAUCUGACAACAGUUGGUUGAUGUGCAGUCACACAAUGUGCAUGUUCCAACUGUUCAGGGGAUAAAGCCGCUAGCAACAGAACGUUCUCCAGCUUCUGUGAAAGAAGAAGAAAAUACCAAUUUUGGCUGGGAUUAAAAUUCCUAUGCCUUCCCCAUUCUGGCACUCUCCAGAUGGUUUGGACUUCAGUGUCCAUCAGCCCCAGCCAGCAUGGCCCAUGGUCCAAGAUUAUGCAAGUUUUAGUCUAAAACAUGUGAAGGGCACCACAUUGGGGAAGGCUGCCCAGGAACAGUGAGGAGAGGUUCAGAAUGGAGCAGAGCCUCAGAAGGAGGCAGAGUAGUUAGUGCAGGCUUCCUCAAACUCAGCCCUCCAGAUGUUUUGAGACUACAAUUCCCAUCAUCCCUGACCACUGGUCCUGCUAGCUAGGGAUCAUGGGAGUUGUAGGCCAAACACAUCUGGAGGGCUGAGUUUGAGGAAGCCUGAGUUAGUGUGAUGAGAUACAGGAACCCAAGGGAAGGAUAGGUGAAAGUGACUGAAACCUUUAAAAAAGCAGGACAGAGAAGACCAAGUGGUAUCUGAUAAGAAGGUGGAAAGCUCACAUGGCUGUACAGAUAGAAGAAGCUAUAUGGUAAUAGCAGGAAGUAGGUUUGUCCAGGUAAGGAGAAUAGCUAACAGAGAGUGAUGGUGUCUCAGCUAAGUGGUAUCAAGUAGAUGCGGGCUGAAAAACAGAGACUUGGGGAAAUGAUAGUGUCACAACCCAGAUUGGGGAUGGAACUGGAUAGUGAACUUUAAACAACAGCCUUGCUGUGUCUGCCAUGUUGUUCAGACCUGAGACACAUGGUUUGGGAAUUUUCCGCCUCAUGUCUAUAUUUACUAGGAUUUCCAGUUUUACUAAAAUCAUGUUUAAAGAUACAAGUUGCAUUUUAAUCAUGACUGUAGAAGUUUGGAUUGAUGAAAGAGGCAAGGAGAGUAAGGCUGGGGCAAGAGCUCACACAGUGCUGUGGCUGUGUACUCUUGAAUUCAGGUUGUUGUCAUUAUUAUUAUUAUUGUUACAAUGGUACCUUGGUUUACAACCAUAAUCGGUUCCGGAGGUCCGUUUGUAAACCAGAACAAGUUGUAACCCAAAGCACGAUUUCGCCAAUGGGGCCUCCAAAAAAUUGUUGUUUGUAAGCCAAAAAAAUGGGUUGUGAUCCAAAAAAAGGUUGCAAAUCAGGACACGCACUUCCGGGUUUGACGUGUUUGUAAGCCAAAACAUAUGCAAACCAAGACAUAUGCAAACCAAGGUACCACUGUAUUAUUAUUUCCUGCAGCAUGUUGCACUCAAAAUACCAUACAAAAGGAAAAUACGGGCAAUUACCGAUUAACACGCGUCUGAUUGAUGCCCAAUCAUGCACAUGUGAACGAUGCCAAACCUGGAAGUGACCCCAAAAGUCUCUAAACACUUCACUAAAAGGGUGGAAUGGGGGCAGGGCAGGGCAGGGUGGAAGGGGGUGUGCUUACCCGCACUCCACCGGUGCUCACAGGGGCCAGGGACAGGUGGGUAAUUUCUGGGUCCAAAUCUGGAAGCACACUUUUCAUGCCAGAGAGCUGCAUUCACAUCAUUUGUAUUAUUAUCAAGCCAGGCUUUAUAGCUUCUGAUACAAAAGCAUUUUUAAUUUCCCAUAAGGAAGGACUAACCCAUCUUGCUUUCUGGCAACAGUCCUUCCUGCCUCUGAAUCCCGACAAGAUGAAGAGUAUCCUGUAAUAUAUACUUCUGCCAUCUGAUGGCACCAAAUCAUUCCAGUACUGAAAUUGCUGACUCUGUAGAUUUGCUAAAGAUUCACUGAAAAAAUAAAACAUUUACUUGGCUUCAGUAAAAUUAGCAUGUGCUAACUUUCUGAAAUCUUCUUUUAAAGUGUUGACUUUAACGUCAAGAAAUAAGGGAUAUACUGAAGAGUUAAGAGGGCAAAAAAUCAUUGUGUAUACGUCACCUAAAAAGCCCUCUAAACAUCUGACAAGGAAGUGAAAUGUACCUCAAAUGGCUAUGUUGUAUCUGAUGAUAAGAGAUUCUCCAAAUGUUCAUUGCUAGUACCAGAUUGAGAGAGGCUGGACUCAGUGAACCCUGUGAUCAAGCAGAGCUGCUCUUGCUAUAGCUGCAUGUAAAGUCUUGAGUGCCAGUAAGUUAUGAGUGCCACAGCUGUCAGGCUGAAACAGAAGGGAAUAGUGUUAAAGGUGGAACUGCCUAGACCAUCUCCCCACUAAUGUGGUUUUCCAGGGCUUGGGAAGAGGUUUCCCUGCCCCACCACUACCCUGCCACCUGAUUUCUGUGACAUGUUCCAAGUCUUCUCUUAGUAGAUCCAGUGGAUGAAGUAUAAUCAGUGAACGUAGUAUAAUCAGUGACUUAAGAGUUGGUAGGACACCCCUGGGAAGAGGGAUUGAUUGAUGAACCACCGUGAGGGGAAUAGAAGUCUCCUAGCAACUCUCAGCACCCUUAAUGAACUAUAGUUCCCAAGAAUCGUUGAGGGAAAUUCCUCCAGGGAAUCUUGACUAAACACCCCAGUUGCAAAAUUAGUUUGAUCAAGACUUACAAGAAUGGGACCUUUGUUUAAAUGUAGGUCAGUUAACGCACAGACAUGCAACCACAAUUCAGUUCUGAAGCAAACGCCAAGAGCAAUUUUCUUCUACUGCUGCAAAUUUAGCAUGCAUUCUAGAAAAGUAGUACAGUUUAUGUGUGUAAGCAAUACAGUUCUGUUCUACAAUAAUUGUGCAACAAACAUGUAACAUGGUAAAGAAGGAAUCUCCAAUAGAAAGAAAGGAUAAUGGCAAUUUUGGAUAUUUUGAACUGAUCUCUUACACUAUCUUUCUGUUGAGUUUUGAGUUCCCUCUUUCCAGCUGGGGCCUAUUCACAUGGAGUUGGUAUAUUAUUUUAUUUGUAAAGAGUACCAAAUUCACAGCCAGGAUAGCAUAUUUCAUGUCACCAAGGUCUGCAGUCCAAAGCAGUGUGAAAAUGCCAGGACAGCCACUUGUGACAUUUGUCAGUUCGCACCUCUGAACUUGCGGGGUCACUGCUAUGGCAACAUUCUGACCAGCAGUUUCCCAAAGCCCAGUGACAAGUCUACACUUCAGGAAAUGACUCCACCUGUCCAGUCUCCUGCUGGAGGAUAUGAUUGUCAGUAUAUUAAUCUUGAUAUUUUCAGCAGUGGUAGGAAAUCAGACUUUGUGUUCAACACAAGUGGGAGAAUGAAAUAGUUUUUAUCUGUCCACUUGCAAAUUGCCGCAGUUGCUCCAGAAAACCACCCACUUCUUCCUCUCUUAUUUUUGUGAUCCUUCGGUUAAGAGCCAGUAGGAAAGGACAGUCUUUUAAUUCUCACUCCAGAUGUCAGGUGACUGUAGGAUUGCCACACAGUAUGAGCAUUUCUUUGGUACAGAACAGAACAGUAAUUGUGGGCACCUUUAGAAAUUCUGAAGAAGCAACUGCUUCUGAGCAAGUUUUCCUAGGACAAAGAACCUGGGUUGCGAGAAGCGGCUGAAAGAUUCCUACUCUACCUUUGCAUCUCCCCACUUAUACGGGGGUUAUUCUCGGGUACUUCGCAUAUACGGACAACAACAGAUAUAGGAGUGUCCAAAUGAUGUGUGAUUGCGCAUAUGUGCAGACGCUGAACCUGGAAGUAGCCCCCAAACAUCAUAAAGAUGUCACAAAACAGGCAGAGCGUGUGGGUUUGGGACAUAUCCCCCACACAACAUGCAGAUUUCCUAUACCAUCUAAAAAGCCAAACUCUGUCCCAAAUCUGCCAAACUCCAUCACAAUCAUUUCUUCCAAACCUCCUUUCUCAAACUGGUGCAAAGGCUCCUGGGAUUGCAGUUGCAAAGGCUUAUGCGAUUGCUAGCCAUUUUCUCACUCUUUUAAUGCCCCCCCCACAGUUUUCCCACUCUCUUCAGGCUGUUUUUGUGCCUUUUACCAUUUAAAUUGAUUGAUUGGUGCCAUAUGCAUACACAAACAUAUGUAGGUGGGGAAGAUGCCUGUAAUGUGAAAGCUAGUGCAAAGAGAGGAUUGUCCACAGAUGGGUAACCUAUACACAGUUUUCAUUUUUGCCUCUUCUGUUCAGGGCAAUCUGGAAGAGGAGUCGUCUGUUGGUGAAGCUGCUUCUCAAGUGCAGCAGGUGUUUCAAGCCAGCAUUUCUGUGGCAUCAAACAUCCUUGGUAACAGCUUAUAGAGUCUUUGUCUUACUUAUCCAGUCUUCGUCAGGCAGGGGGUUCUGUCUUAGACCUGACAGAGAUACUAGAGGUUUAAGCCACUCACAUUAAAAAGGGCUCACAUGACUCAGGCCCAGAGAAAGGACUUCUCUAGCGCAGCAUUCUGUAGGUCCCUUUCAGUUUUAUGCAGUUUACUCAGCCCCCUAAGUAUUCUGCAUAGGAUUACAGUGGUGCCUCGCAAGACGAAAAUAAUCCGUUCUGCGAGUCUCUUCGUCUAGCGGUUUUUUCGUCUUGCGAAGCAACCCUAUUAGCGGCUUAGCGGAUUAGCGCUAUUAGCGGUUUAGCAGCUAUUAAAGGCUUAGUGGCUAAAAGGCUCUUAGCGGCUUAGAAAAGGGGGGGGCGAAAAAAAUCUCAAGACUCGCAAGACUUUUUCGUUUUGCGAAGCAAGCCCAUGGGGAAAUUCGUCUUGCGAAGCGCAUCGAAAAACGGAAAACCCUUUCGUCUAGCGGGUUUUUCGUCUUGCGAGGCAUUCGUCUUGCGGGGCACCACUGUAUCUUGUAACAUUUUCUGGGAGAGCAGAGCGGUUUGUUCUGGGAUGCAGCAAAAACUCCCUCUUUGCCCCCUUUUUAUAUGGCUAAACCUUUCCUUGGUCUUUGGUUAAAUCACCUUGGCUUGCUCCAUUCUCUUGGUUGACCCAGUCUAACUUUGUAUAAGCCAGUUACCUUGUAUAUUUGGAAGAACGUCUGCUGUAUCAUAUGCUACCAUUGAUAUGCUUGGACAUUUGCGUUAUAAGGAGAGAGGAGUAGAGUCUCAGGGAUCAACCUUUGGUCUUUGCCACUCAGUGGGGAUGGAAUAAAGGAUUCCUAGGCUCCGAUUCGGCCAUGACUACUUCUGAGUGCUGAAGGAAGGGGGGGUGCCUCUGUGGUAGAGGUGGCUAACCUGCAGCCUGCAGAUCAUACACAGCCCUCCCUAAAAGGUUUUCUGUGGCCCCUAAAGACCCCCCACCCCAAAGGUUUUUGUUUUUACUGAAACUGAUCUGAACUGUUCCUGAACUGUCUGCUGUGUUCAUGCAAUUCCCAAAAUUAUAUUUGGUCUCCAUAUUGCUUCUGCAGUCCUUCCAUAGAAUAGCUGGCUCCGUAUGCUGAGGGUUUCCGCAGUGCACAGUAGUCUUGGUUAGCUUUCAGAAACUCUUUCCUACUGAUGGUUGCCCAAGAGAGACUUCCACUACUGUUCUCAGUAAUAACUGAACUGCCUGUUCUCCCGGAUCAUCUCUUUUUGGCAGCCAUUGGUGACAGCUGAUUGCUGGACUUUAGAGCCAGCAGGUGAAGGGCUCAUCCAGACUUGCUUUUGUGCCACACUUUCUAGGCACAAGUAUGUGCUUUAAAGGGCUGUGUCCAAGUACCCAUCCCCCCGCCCCAGUACUUUCCCCAUGAAAACCCACCCUUAAGCUGAAUCAGAGCAAACAGCAAUCCGCAGAAAGCUCAGAAUUGCCAUUUGUUCUGCUUCAGCGUUAAAAGAGCAGGUUUCCGCAGGAAAAGCACUGGGGGGGAGGGGAAGUGCUCAGACCUGGCACUUUAAAGCACAGACCUUCGUCUAGGAAGUGCAGCGCAGAAGGAAGUGUGAAUGAGCCCUGAGCAUCACAGCAGCAGGGAGAAACUCAAAAAUCCUUCUGAUGAGCCUUAAAAUACAGUGGGAGCUUGAAAUAAUAACAAAGACAGUUAACAUGCUGGGCUGGGCUGGGCUGGGCUGGGGAGGGAAUGAAUUAAUUAAAAACCAUGAUUUAUAAACCUUUAUAGAGUUUUUUCUUUUGUGGGGGGUUGCGGGGAAGAGGAGAUGGAAGAAUUAAUAAUGUGAUUUGCACUGUCUUGAGGGGGGAAAUGAAUUAAUUGGAUGGAAUGAAUUAAUUGCACUAUCUUGAGGGAGAAAUUGAUUUAUAAGAGUGGAAAUAAUAAUUAAUAAUUUUUCGCACUCUGUCCGUGGGGGGGGAGGGGGAUAAUUUGUGCACUUUGGAUUCAGUCAUGGCCAUUUUUGUGUGCAGUGCUGGAUGGGUGGCCAUGGGGGGGGUAGGGAAGACCUGGGAAAAAGGUUCACCAUCACGGCUCGGUGGUUUGUGGCAAUGAUAGAGAGCAUGUGUUGAAUCCAGAAAGUCCCAGGUUCAUUCCUCAGCAACCUACGUUUUCAAAGGGUCUCAAGUUAGAAGGCAUUGGGGGGGGGGGUUCUUUCAAUGAAAACUGCUGUUGUUGAGAGUAGAUGCCAAGCCUAGAUGUACCAAAGGUGUGACUUCAUACAAAAGAGCUUCAUAGGAGCUGUGCUUUAAGGUAGUUUCUUUCCAUGUGUGCCUGGGUACAUGAAUUGACAUGUGAAAUAUUUCCCAUUUAAGUAAGAAAAAGCAUUCAUCCCGUGAUGACUAGCUAAGUAGGUGAGAGUGUGGUGCAUUUGAACAUUUUUUCACCAGAGUACUUUUUUGCAACAGCAUCCUAUUUCACUAUUGUCAUGUCCUGCCUAGUUAAAUAAGAUUAAAGGAAGACUUUGAAGAAGUUACAUGACCAGCUGCUUGCUGCGUAACUGCGUCCAAUUUUUUGCUGUGUGCCACCUUAAGUACCUGAGUACGUACUGUUCUCUGUGUGUUUUUAGCUGUAAAACAGAGAUAGUAGGACUUGCUGGAUGUAGUGUAGUGCAGUGGGAACUUGUCUGAAAAUUAAUUUGAAGGUGCAUAACAGGAGGUACUGGAAUCAGUACAUUUUAUAUUGAAUUGCCACUGCCUGCCUCAUCUUCACUGCAGGAUAGCCUCUGAAUUAGCGAAUAGUUUGAAGCAUAAGUGUCCUCCUGAGGGUAUUCUCUCUUUAAUAAUAGGUGCAAUCACCAUCUCAGGUUAGAAUUUGCACAACUGUUUUUACAUUAUUUUCCCAGGGCUUGAGAACAUGCAUGACAAGCAGUGGAAAACGGCCUUUUCCUGCUUCAAGCUGGCUGCAGAUCAGAACUACAGCAAAGCCCAGUUUAAUGUGGGAUUGUGCUAUGAACAUGGAAGAGGCACCAAGAAGAACGUGGCCAAGGUCCUCUAUUCCCAUUUGUUUCUUGGCCUGUGUGUUGCUGCUGUGCACAAGAGGGAAGGAGAGUGUGGGGCAACUUUAUGUGUUGGGAGACAUAAUUUGUUUCUCUUUCUGAGUCAAAAGCUUUAACCCAGAGACCUGCAGUGGGAUACUUGCUGCAGUUCAUCACAGACAUUGGAUUUGUAUGUGAAAGUUCCCAAAGUCAAUCCCCAGCAUCUUCAGGUAGGGCUGGAAAUAUCCGCUAAUGCAGUGUCUGGUCAUUGUAGGUAAUUCUCAGAUUUUCCCAGAUAGUCUUCCCAGCUGAUCCCAAGAGAGCAUGGCUAUCCCUGUAACACUCAUUGUCAUAAGAAACUAGCAACAAAACAGCUUUAUGUGCAACGGCAGGCUAGAGUGGAGCAUUUGCCAUAACGAUGGAGGUGGGGGUAGGGGGCAGCCACUCCAACUGCAGCAGUGACCCAGUUCAUCUCCUGCUCCAGGCUGCCUGAGCUUCCUUUGUUUUUGCGUCCUUGCUCAAAGGGAGGUCAGGCUCUAGGCAGGAAAUAUCGGUCCUCCAAGUUGCGCCUUUUCCAAGUGUUCCAGGACAAGAGAAACUCAUUUAUUCAGUUACGAAGAAUCUUCCAUUAUGCCGAAGCUCAAAGAGAACCUCAGUAGAGGUACUUAAUGUCCACAUUAUAGCAGAGCCUCCAGUUGCAUUAUGCAACUUGUGCCUGCAGCUUAGUCAAAAGCUACCCUGUAAGGAGCCAAUGUUUUCACACAAGAGAGCUAAAACAUUCAGCAAGAGAGAGAAAGAUGUCAGGGCUGUCCGAAGGAGUCUCCAGCUGCUGCCCCCUCCUCCCCCAGGCAGGUAUUCCACUUUGUAGUAGUUCUUCCUUGCAGUGGGGUUGGGGCUAACAUGCCAGGCCACUUUCCUGCCAAUCAUGUGUGGGACUGAAGCCAGCAGGGAGGAACACUUGCUUGUCUGGCAGGAGCACAGUUUAUAGGAUGUGUAGUAGUGUCCCUGUUCUCUGUUCUAGGCAGUCUUCUACUACCAGCGGGCUGCUCGCCAGGGACACCCCAUGGCCCAGCACCACUACACUCAGUGCCUCCUCCGCCACUGCCCAAGAGCAGACAAGAAGGGAAAUGUGCAGGAAGCCGUGGGUUUGUUGGACGAAGGCACUGCUGCUGGGCUGACAGAGGUGAACAUCAGCUUGGAGAGUUAUGCGUACUGUUCAGAAGUAAAAGUAGGCUGUUCAUGGGUGACAUGAAAAUCCCUUUCUUUUGCUCUUGGCAGUUUAGCUGUUUGGCAUGCUUAGGUGAAGAGGUGCUCAGCUGGCUCAGUCAAGGCAUUCUACUGCAGGCUGUGCAACUAAUAAUAAUAAUAAUAAUUUAUUAUUUAUACCCCGCCCAUCUGGCUGGAUUUCCCCAGCCACUCUGGGCGGCUUCCAACAAAACACUAAAAUACAAUAACCUAUUAAAAAUUAAAAGCAGGGCUGCCUUCAGAUGUCUUCUAAAAGUUUGGUAGUUAUUUUUCUCUUUGACAUCUGGUGGGAGGGUGUUCCACAGGGCAGGUGCCACUACCGACAAGGCCCUCUGCCUGGUUCCCUGUAACUUGGCUUCUCGCAGUGAGGGAACCACCAGAAGGCCCUCGGUGCUGGACGUCAGUGUCCGGGCAGAACAAUGGAGGUGGAGACACUCCUUCAGGUAUACUGGAUUGAGGCCAUUUAGGGCUUUAAAGGUCAGCACCAACACUUUGAAUUGUGCUCGGAAACGUACUGGGAGCCAGUGUAGGUCUUUCAAGACUGGUGUUAUAUGGUCUCGGCAGCCGCUCCCAGUCACCAGUCUAGCUGCUGCAUUCUGGAUUAGUUGUAGUUUCCAGGUCACCUUCAAAGGUAGCCCCACAUAGAGCGCAUUACAGUAGUCCAAGCGAGAGAUAACUAGAGCAUGCAACCACUCUGGCGAGACAGUCUGUGGGCAGGGAGGGUCUCAGUCUGCGUACCAGAUGGAGCUGAUAAACAGCUGCCCUGGACACAGAAUUGACCUGCGCCUUCAUGGACAGCUGUGAGUCCAGAAUGACUCCCAAGCUGCGUACCUGGUCCUUCAGGGGCACAGUUACCCCAUUCAGGACCAGGGAGUCCUCCACACCCACCCGUCUCCUGUCCCCCAAAAACAGUACUUCUGUCUUGUUUAACUGCUCCUCUUGCUUUCUAUCUGGCCACAAACACAAGAUCCAUGAGCUGCUAUGCCUGUUUUUGCUAGGCUUUCUUUGUUCCUUGAUAGCUAUUCUUCAGUUCACUAAAACAAAUGGCAGCCCCAGUAUCUGCCACAAUCUAGGUAUUUUUAAAGUGAACAUAAGCCUUGGCAGCUGGGUUUUUCUUUUUAAUUAUGCAUAGUGAUAGAUCUGGCUUUGGAGAAUUUGCAGUUUUUUAAAAGGCAGUGCAUGUGGAAAGGCCCAGGGCAGUGUUUACAGCUGAAGCAUGGUCUUUUGCCUUGAAUUGGAUGGUUCUAAAAUAAUAAUAUACUGCAUUUCAGGUGCAUUGGAGUGGAUGAUUAAUGCUCUUUAUACACAUGUACUUGCAUGUAGGAUUUCUCAAGCAGCUUUCAUUUGUGUGUUUGCUAUGAAAAGGGCACUGGAGUCUCCCAGAACUCACCGACAGCAAGACAGCGUUACCAGGAAGCAGCAGCUGCUGACUCCAAGGCUGCACAGGAGAGAAUCAAAGUAAUGGCACAGGAGGAGAUAGCAGGUACUGAGUUGGGGGGGGGCGGAAUGGUGUGGAAAUGGUGCUUACUGGAGAAUGAAUGAAAUGUUGGCUACUGCAGUUGUGAUAAUUAUGUGAUAUUCUCUCUCACUUAGCUACACAGAUCCGGGACCAGUCACCACUGGCAGCAAAAACCUCUUCAUCCAGCCCUUGCCUUCAGCUCCUGGAUCAGCUGCCGGCUUCUCACUUUGGACAGCCAGCUUUUGGCCUGCUUCACUCCUGGAGCACAGGAAGCCUUAGGGAUGCAGCAAAUAGUUCUGCAAACUGCAUGCCUACCACAGCUUUCCCAGAUAACCUCAAGCUGCAGUCUUUAGCGUGGUCUUCAGGAGUAGCAGUUGGAUAACAUGGCUAAUGAGAAACUUUCCGCUCUAGAUGGUGGCUGUGUUACUGGCUGCCACAGUGAUCCUUUUAAGAGGCAAAUCACAUGGGCGUAGCCGGCACCUGUUUCCGUCUCUUCCUAAAUGUAUAACUUCUUAUUUGACAGUUUGCCCACAGCAUAAUGAUACAGUGGAGGCUAUCCACCUAGGCUAUCCACCUGUGAAUGGAGUCAGGAUACAGGGUUCCUGCUGAGUGACCCUGAGUUCCUGCUGAGUGACGCUUGCACCAUGGAAGCAAAUGUUGCAUCCGCAAAAUGAACACGGGGAGCCUAUAGACUGCAGUUUUGAGGGCCAAGUCUUGAAGCACUUGGUGCUGAAGUUAAGCAGAUGUGGACUUGCACAUCCCAUGUAAAAAGGGGAUACAAUCAUAAAUGGUUUCUGAAAAUCAGGCAAGCGAUUUCACACUGUAGUCAGAAAUUGGGGAAGGAGUCUGCCCUAGUCUUCUUUCUCUAACAGAUUUGAGCUUACUGAAUUUGUUAAUUGCACAAGGAAUUCUGCUGGUUCUCCCCUUCAGUUCAGAAAGGAAAGGAGAUUUUUAGCCACGUUUCAGAAUCUUAACGGAGCGAAAGGACCUUCUUUCUAAUGGGAAGGAAAUUUUAAUGCAAUAGAAUAAAAACAGGAAGUGGAGUUUGGGAGGUAGACUGAAUAAUUCAAAGAACAGAAUUUGGUUCCUGAGAGUUUUAUUUUUAUUAUAAAUAAAUAACGGACUCAAGCAGCAGCUUCUAAAUUUCAUUGUUGUAUUAAAGCCUGGUAAUAGGUAAGAAGCACCUGCUGGAGACUCAGUGCCUGACCAAGAAGCAGCAUUUCCUUACCUUAGCUCCUGCUCGCACUCAAUUCAAAAUAAUUAAAUAGUGGCCGGGAGGGGGUGGGCAGGGAGCCAUGCUCCAGUUUGCCUUUCAUUGUCCCAUAGAGGUAUGCUGAUUUCCUGCAGCAGGGAUGUGGUAAGAACAAAGAGGACUGGCCGCUAGUAGCUGUUCCGGAAGAGGUGAAGGUCUCCUUGCUACUGCAAUUGCCAGUUCUGUUGCCCAAAGCACUGUCCGUUUCAGCCCCCACAUCAUCUCUAGUCAGAUCUUGGGGCUCGCUACAUUCUGAGAGUUGCUCAAGAGCCCCAAUCAUCAAUCUACCUGGGGACUGACUUUCUGAGCCAAGAUCUUCUCAAAAAGUGUAUUCAUCUCUGAGAGGAAGGUACUGGAGAGCCGGGGCUCUUCUGAGUUUGGCUUGUGCCCAGCUGCUUUGCCAAAGGUUGCAAAAGUGUGAGGUUCAUCUCUGCCUGUGGUUUCCUCGCUCAGUGGAGACGGCAGUGCCCCUGGUGAGACAAUAUUGUCCUUGUAGUCAGUUGAGAUGGGAAAGGACAGCCUCGCCAUCCAUGCUGGGUCUUCCACGUUCAGCUGAUCAAGAUCCAGCCCUACGGGGUGGGGGAAAGAAUAAAUUAGGCUUCAUUGAUAAGGAUAGACUCGGGGCUACACGAGUCCUGUAAUUCCAUGUGAGUACCGAUUUCAAAACUCUGCAUCAUGUUAAUCUCAUUACUCAUUUUAAAAUCAAAAUCAAAUUUCUACCCCU